GUAAUCAAUCACUUUGAUUAAAGUAGAUUCUGUUUGACCGGUGUAAACAUGUUUUAUUUUGAAGGCUGGUACCGGAAGUGGAAUGAUCCUCUCAGAACCUUGACUCGGUUCGGUCCCCCCAGCUGUAGAUUCUUCAGUAAAGACCUCCACACCCAGCUGGACGGAACCGAACCUCUGUUUUUAUAAAAAAAAAAACAUUCGGUUCCGGUUCUUGACCCUCCAGUUAGUCCUGUUCCAGGCACUGGUUCUGGUCCGGUUCUGGUUUCAGUCCGGUCUAAUUUUCGGCCACGUCUUCCUCUGCGGUUCUGGGUGUGUUUGGGUGACCCAUACCGGAGUUCUGGUCUCGGACCGCGGCGGUUCUGCGUGAGGAAUGAGCCGGACUCGGGUCCAGCCGAACCGGUACCGUCAUGGAUUAUAAAGAUCUGGCAGUUCGUCUGGAGGAGACGCUGACCCUGAAGGCUCUUCCCCUGCAGCUGGACUCUCGGUCCAUCCAGAACCAGGACCAGGUUCCAGGGAAAGACCUUCUGAGUCCAGAUGACUCGGCCGUCUCAGACCUGUCUCCUAAAACAGAGACCCCCUCAAAGACAGAAGUCUCCUCGAGGACCGACGGCCGACCCUCCACCCCCGGCUCCAGCAGCAGCCCCCAGCCCAAGAAAGACUCGAUGAGCUCCGAGCAGAGACAGAAACUGGCCCGGGAGCGGAGAGAGGAGCGCGCUCGUUACAUCGAACAACAAACUCAGCUCCAAGCAGCCAAGAAGGCCCAGUGGCUGGAGAAGGAGGAGAAGGCCCGGCAACUGAGGGAGAACCAGCUGGAGGAGCGCAGGAGGAAGCUGGAGGAGCAGAGGCUCAAGGCGGAGAAACGCCGAGCUCUGCUGGAGGAAAAACAGAGACAGAAACUAGAAAAGAACAAGGAGCGCUACGAAGCUGCAAUCAAGAGGUCUACCAAGAAGACGUGGGCCGAGAUCCGCCAGCAGAGGUGGUCUUGGGCCAGCGGACUCAACCAGACCUCCCGCAGAGAGAGCAGAUGCUCGGCCUCCACGGUCAACCUGCCGAGACAAGCGGACCCUGUCCUUAACAACCGGCUGUCCAAGUCCUCGGCCACGCUCUGGAACUCCCCCUGCAGAACUCGCAGCCUUCGUCUCAGUCCCUGGGAGAGUCGGAUCGUGGAGCGGCUGAUGACACCAACGCUGUCCUUCCUGGCCCGCAGCCGCAGCACCACCGCCCUCCUGAACCGCAGCGACUCCUCCUCCACCGGCCCAUUCAGCUCCUCCCAUCAGAACCCGAAGUCCGCCGAGCGCUGGAGGGUUUCCUCAGCCAGCACACCGGACAUCACGCAGCGGCCGCGGCGUCACAACUCUACGCCAAUGGACAAGAAGAAGAAGGAGAAGAAAGACAAGGAGCGGGAGAACGAGAAGGAGAAGAAUGCUCUGACCAAGAAGAGACAGAUGACAUCAUCACCAAGUGCCACAACCCAGAGAUCCAGGCCUGAGAGCAGUGUUACGAGAUCCAGGAACAGACGUCCUUCACCUGCUGCUCCUAAAAGUCGUCCCCUGUCCCCGUUGGUGCCGGCAGCAGCCUGUAGGACACCUGUCGGCAAAAAGACUCCUCCUCCUGCCACCACCAAGACCCGACCCAAACGGGCCCAGACACCUGUCAGAGUCCAGCCUCAGACCAUCUCUACGGUCACCAUGGAAACCGGUCCUGAACCUCCACAGCCUGAGGAGGAGAAGCCGACUCAGCUUACACCUCCUUCUCUGAGCCCAGCAGUCGUAUGGACAGCGUCUUCAUCUGCAGCGAGUGCACAGCCAACUGCUCCUCCUGCAGCUGCCUCCGUCACUGCUCCUCCUGCAGCUGCCUCCGUCACUGCUCCUCCUGCAACUGCCUCCGUCACUGCUCCUCCUGCUCCGUCUGCAGGCACUUCCCCCUCAGCUGCACCAAUCAGCAAACCAUCAGCUGGCACCAACGACCCAGAGGAGGCAGCUCGUGUCCUGGCAGAUAAACGAAGACAAGCCAGAGAGCAGAGGGAGAAGGAGGAUCAGGAGCGUCUAGAGCAGGAGCACCGCAACAGGAUUCUCCGAGAGGAGGCGAUGGCCCGCGAGGCAGAGGAGAGGAAUCGCCGAGAGGAGGAGGCCCGUUUCAUGGCAGAGCAGCAGCAUCUCAGGGACGAAGCUCAACGACUUCAGGAGGAGAAGGAGAUGCAGCAGAGAGCCAAAGUUGAACAGGAGGAGAACCAGAGGCUGCAGAGGCAG